AUGGGAAACACCAUAACUCACGUGCUCAAUGCGUCGCAGGGCUCGCCGGCGGCCGCGAAGACGGUGCAGGGUUUCCACGUGUGCGAGAUCUCAGGAUACAGCUACCACCGGGGGCGACCCGGUGAGUCCGGCAGAUCGCCCGUCUUCUCCGUCUGCGGUUACGAAUGGAAAAUUGUGUACUACCUCCGAGGACUCACAGAUAAUCAAGACUACCUGGAGCUGUGCCUCCAGCUACAGAACAAGAAGGACGACACCAGGGUGGUGGCAUCCGUGAAGCUAAGCUUUGUUGACCUAACCGGAUCUUCGCCGCAUCACACGGUGACAGCGGAAUUCGAUUCCGGUCGUAAUGACAUGAUAUAUCUCGAGUUCAUGAAGAGGAGCGAGCUGGAGGCGUCGCCUUACCUUCGCUUUGAUCGCAUCAUUGUGGCCUGCCACAUAGCAAUUCUCAAGGAGGCAAAGAACGUCGCCGAUGUAGUGGAGAAGUUUGCCAAGCUGCCGCCGUCCAACAUCACGGAUCAUCUGAGCAAGCUGCUUCGGGAGAAGGAGGGCACAGACGUGGUUUUCAAUGUCGGAAAAGAGGAUUUUCCUGCCCACAAGACGGUGCUCGCGAUGCGGUCGCCCGUCUUCAAGGCGGAGCUCUACGGCGAGAUGAGCAAAAACGACCCAGGUCGUAUUACCAUCGGUGACAUGCAGCCCGCCGUCUUCGAGGCCCUGCUCCAUUUCAUCUACACCGACUCGCUGUCGCCCGCCAUGGACCGUCUUGGCGGCAACGACUAUAAAGAGAUGACCCGGCACUUGCUUGUCACCGCGGAUCGCUACGCCAUGGAGAGGCUCAAGAUAAUAUGUGAAAGCAUCCUCUGUGAGACCAUUGAUGUGAAGACCGUGAUGACUACGCUGGCUUUGGCUGAUCGGUAUCAUUGCGGCAGGUUGAAGGAUGCUUGCAUUAAGUUUAUUGCCUCUUUGGGUACAAGGGAAAUUGAUGGUGUAAUGGCAAGCAAAGGGUAUGUUGAGCUCAAAGCAACCAGUCCUUCGGCUUUGGUGGAACUGUGGGAGAAGACAUCCAGGAUCCGCAAUUCAAAGCCUUCGCUUCACAUGCUAGUUUAG